GAAACUGCUUGAAUGAGGAAGGAGAAGGGAGUCCUGUGGGAUGUCCUCUGAAGUUUCCUUCACCAUCCUCAUUAGCCACCUGAGGUGGGGCUGGAGGUUGAAGUAGGACAGAAGGUCCCUGGUAGCUGCAAGAGUGGAAAGUCAGGGAUCCCCUACUUUCUUCACACCCACGACGUAGGGUGCCGCUGCUGGCCACAGGAACCCCAAGAAAGCUUUUCUUUCUAUUCUCAGAACAUCUGUUGUGUGCCAGACGCUGUGCUGAGCUGUUGUUGCCUGACAGCAGGGAAAGUGCAGCUCUGGCUUCUGUAAAGAAGGGCCACGGGGCAGCCCCUAACUCCAAGAGCCUAGGCACACAUCGGGAGCUCAGUGAAUGUUUGCGGGAUGGAACGGGAAAAGAACAUCGACUCUAAGACAGCAGCCCCGGGAGACUAACUGAAGGCGGAAGAGGGGGGCCUGAGUAGCGUGCAGUGCGGGGGUAGAAGUCUCCAGGUGUCACCACGGAAGAAAGGUGCCAAGGCAGAGGGGCGCGGCGUGGAGGAACUCUGCAGUCCCCGCCCCACUUGCCCGGAGUCAUCAUGGCCGCCGCGGAGGAGGCAGCUCCGAGUGCGGGCAGGAGAGGGGCGAAGCGGACGUCGGCGGAGCCAGUGCGCAGGCGUGGUCCUCCUGAGGCCCCCGGAUGGAAAAACCAAGGCUACAAGUUUCCUGCGGUCGCUGGGGCUAGUGCUUGACUCUGGAGAGAGGAAGGAAGAAUGGCAGCCUGGUGAAGAGGCAGAGAAACCUGAGGGAGCUCAGUCCCGGCAGCAACACCCCUGAAUUCCUGCGAGAGGAUGUGGCCCCUGGACGAGUCCCAGAAAGAGGUGCUGAGGUUUGCAGUCAGCUGCCGUGUCCUGACUCUGGUGCUGCAGGCUCUCUUCAAUGCCAUCAUCCCGGAUCACCGUGCAGAAGCCUUCUCUCCUCCUCGCCUCGCUCCCUCGGGCUCUGUGGACCGACUUGUGGAAGGUCUCCUGGGUGGCCUGUCUCACUGGGAUGCUGAACACUUUCUGUUCAUUGCUGAGCAUGGCUACCUGUAUGAGCACAACUUUGCCUUCUUCCCUGGUUUCCCCCUGGUCCUGUUGAUGGGGACUGAACUGCUGAGACCCCUGAGGGGGUUACUGAGCCUACGGAGUUGCCUGUUAAUCUCAGUAGCAUUGCUCAAUUCCUUGUUCUCUAUCCUGGCUGCAGUUGCACUUCAUGACCUGGGCUGUCUGGUUUUGCACUGUCCCCGCCAGGCCUUUUAUGGAGCACUGCUUUUCUGCCUCAGUCCUGCCAAUGUCUUCCUGGCUGCCGGUUACUCAGAAGCUUUGUUUGCCCUCCUGACAUUCACCGCCAUGGGGCAGCUGGAAAGGGGCCGAAGCUGGACUACUGGACUUCUCUUUGCCCUUGCUGCCGGUGUACGCUCCAAUGGGCUGGUCAGUGUUGGCUUCCUCAUUCAUUCUCAGUGCCGAGGCUUUUUCUCUUCUCUCAUGGUACUGAAUCCUCUGAGACAGGUCUUGAAGCUAAUGGGCUCUGUGUUCCUGUCCAUGCUGACACUUGGCCUUCCCUUUGCCCUGUUUCAGUAUUAUGCCUACACCCAGUUCUGUCUACCAGGCUCAGUCCACUCCAUCCCUGAGCCCUUGCUGCAGUUAGCUUUGGACAAGGGCUACCGAAUUGCAAAGGGAAACAAGCCUCCUUGGUGCUACUGGGAACUUCCCCUAAUAUACAGCUAUAUUCAGGAUAUCUACUGGAAUGUUGGCUUUUUGAGAUACUAUGAGCUUAAGCAGGUGCCCAAUUUUUUGCUGGCCGCACCAGUGGCUAUACUGGUUGCCUGGGCAACUUGGACAUAUGUGACCACCUACCCUUGGUUCUGCCUUACACUUGGGAUGCGAAGGAACAAGAACAAUGAGACCCUAGAGAAGCCUGAUCCUGGAUUCCUCAGUCCUCAGGUGUUUGUGUACCUGGUCCACGCUGUAGCACUGCUUCUCUUUGGCAGUUUGUGCAUGCACGUUCAGGUUCUCACCAGGUUUUUGGGCUCCUCCACACCUAUUGUGUACUGGUUUGCAGCUCACUUGCUUCAGGACCGAGAGCCACUGCUGAGAUCCCUAGAGACGAUGCCCUGGAAGCCUGUUGCAGGGGACUCCCCACCAGGACAAAAGGUCCCUAGAAAUUCUAUCAUGGGACUUUUGUACAACUGGAAAACCUGUUCUCUAGUCACACGAUGCAUUCUAGGCUACUUCCUGACUUACUGGCUCCUGGGACUACUCCUACAUUGCAACUUCCUGCCUUGGACAUGACCUAGAAUUUCAGGGGACAGACUUAAUGCCAACCAAACCAGGUCUGAAAGUACAAAUACAUAAAUACACUGCCUGCACUGCCUUGGGAUUCUUACUCUGUCCAUUAGAACCUCUUUCUCUAUUUGAAGGCUGGUUAGGAAUGGGAGCAGUAUGAGCCACUAGAGAGCCCCUAAUGGUCCUGGCUAUGGAAAAUUUUAGGGUAGUAAGUAUUUUCACAGAAAGUGAAAGCAAUCUUAUUCUAAAUCUAAAGUAUACCUUGAUCUGUCUCUUUAACCAAGCACAGCAGAGAGAGCCUUGAACUUACCAGUGAUCCACUUGUAAAUUUAAACAUAAAUUUCGUCAAAGGCUCUAGCUAACAGGCUACUAAUAGUCCACACAUGAUGGCAGAGGUCUGAACAGUGUAGUGGCAAUAAUAAGUAAAGUGCGACCUUCUUUUCUAAAUGGGACAUUGUUGCCCUGGCCUCAGGGCAUGAGCCUGGGUGUCAGGUUUGGUCCCUGGUCAGAGCACGUAAGAAAGGCAGGCAGCCAGUCGAUGUUUCUCUCUCGUGUUGGUGUUCCUCUCCCUCUUUCCCUCCCUUCUCCUCUCUCUAAAAAUAAAUAAAAUCUUUAAAA